UUCUGGUUCCGGUUUCUGCAACAUUAGCAACUAUGGACGAUUUUCUGAGUGAAGAUAAGACCACGUUCAUUGUCGAAGAAGUGAGCAAAAUCAUAAAAGAUUCUGUAGAAUCGGUGAUAGGAGAAAACUCCUACAAGCACGGCAGAGUGAACCAGUGGACCACCAGCGUGGUGGAGCAGUGCCUCAUUCAGCUCAGCAAGCUGGAUAAGCCGUUCAAGUUCAUCGUAAACUGCAUCAUCAUGCAAAAGAAUGGAGCAGGGCUGCAAACAGCCAGCACCUGCUUCUGGGACAACUCUACUGAUGGAAGCUGCACAGUGAGAUGGGAAAACGACACUAUGUACGUCAUCAUCAGCGUUUUUGGGCUGGCCAUCUAAAACUAUAACAUUAUUAAAACUGUUAAAUUUUCUUGUUUUCCACCAAGUAGAUUGUUGGGUGACAUUUUAUGAAAUGUUAUUUGUAUGUUAAGUGCAAUUAAACACAACUUAUGUC